AAACACAAAGGAAAAGCUGUAGAAUCAUUACCAACAUCUGACGGACUUCAAAGGUUUCUCCAGUUCCUUUCACAGUUUCCUGAUUCCAUUUUGAUCGGACAUAAUAUCCAGAACUUUGACUUACCAGUUCUGAUACACCAGCUGUCCAAAUACAACCUUCUGAAAGCCUUUGAAACUGCAGUCACUGGAUACCUUGAUACUUUGAAGCUUUCAAGAAAAGCCUUCCCUAAAGCUGAUGUUGGAAACUACAAGCAGCAGAAUCUUGUUCAGAAGCUGUUAGGAGAAACCUAUGAAGCACACAAUGCCAUCGCAGAUGUUUCUUCUCUUCAGAACCUGUUUAACCUGAAACUGAAAUCCCACUGUGUUAGCGAUGACAUAUUUCAUUUGUCAUAUUACAGUUGUAAGGAAUCUUUGGAUCCACUUGUAAAAGGCAAAGUUAUUUCUUCUGUUACAUUGAAGAAACUUGUUAGCCUCUCGUUAACCAUGGCAAAACUGCAGGUUAUCCACCAGCGAGAUCCCCAGAACGGGAUUCACAAUGUGUUUUGUGAGAACAUACCAAACUCUAAGAAACCAAGAGUAUCAAAAUCAAAAGCUGUUAUUAGCAAAGUUGUGCAGUAUCUUUCAAAUUUGUAAUUUUGAAUCUUAACACAAAUCAGGAAGCUAUUUAUAUAACGCCUAUAUUAGACCUUCAAUUACGUUACACAUGAUUGCACACCUAGUCCCCAUGUCUGACAUGCCAUGUUUCAUGUGUUGCCCAAAUGUUAGGCAGAUAAUAUGUACCGGGUAUUUAUGUUCAGCUUUGAUUAUUUGAGCCCAUGUUUUAUGCUAUUUUUACAUGUGUCAUCAAAACUGUGUUAAUUAAAGUGAGUUCUGUAGUUAAAAAUACCUUUACUUCUGUCGUCACACGAGGCAUGUACGCACUAUUUGACUUUAUUAUCAUG